AUGGCAGCGAGCACGUGAACUGCGCAUGAGUUGUGAGCGAGCACGCAUGCGUCACUCCUAGCGCUGCGUCAGUCUUUCCGCAGUUAAAUCUACGUGGCUUUACACACAGCGGAGUCAGUUGUUAACGUUCGGCUGAACCACUGCUUCGUCUUUUGAUUUGUCAACACAGCCUCACAUCAAGAUGGAUCAGGUUAUGCAGUUUGUAGAGCCCAGCAGGCAGUUCGUCAAGGACUCCAUCAGACUCGUAAAAAGAUGCACGAAGCCAGACAGAAAAGAAUUCCAGAAGAUUGCAAUGGCAACAGCGAUUGGAUUUGCCAUCAUGGGCUUCAUUGGAUUCUUCGUCAAACUCAUCCACAUCCCCAUCAACAACAUCAUUGUUGGUGGUUGAAUCAGCUGCGUUGAUGGCAAACAGACCUUCGGCUGCCUGAAACAGUGUUGGAUGAUGGACUGAAUGCGGACAUUUUGUAAAAAUCAUGUUUUUUUUUGUGUUAACAUUUAUAUUUGGCUGUGUUAAUAAAUCAAAAGUUACACUA